UUUCUUGUCGCUGGUGGCGCUGUAGUCUUGCUGUUUUCCGGUCAGAACAGAAGAAGAAGCUGAACCUCGUGUGUCUGCCUGCUAGAGCGGUUCGACUGGAUGCUGUGAUUGACUGGGAUCAUAAAGCAGGCAGCAGAUCAUCGAUUAUCGAUCAGAAAUGACUAAAGUGAAGAAGGAGAAGGUUUCGGACGGAGAGGAAGCCGCGGCGGUGGAAGCGGGGGGACCCGAGCGGAGCUACGCCGAGCUGGUCGCUCACUUGAACUCCAUCGCCCAGCCGCUGGCCUCCAGGAAGCUCAGCAAGAAGCUCUACAAGUGCGUGAAGAAAGCUGCGAAGGGGAAGAACAUCCGGCGGGGAGUCAAGGAGGUCCAGAAAUACAUCAACAAAGGAGAGAGAGGUAUCGUGGUUCUGGCCGGAGACACGCAGCCCAUCGACGUCUACAGCCACCUUCCGGUCAUGUGUGAGGACCGCAACCUACCCUACGCCUACAUCCCGUCUAAAAUGGAUCUGGGCUCUUCCGCCGGUUCCAAGCGUCCGACCUGCGCCAUCCUGAUCAAACCGCACACCGACUACCAGGACGCCUACGAUGAGUGUCUGGAUGAGGUGUCACACCUGCCCAAACCGCUCUGAGCCAAUCAAGACGCCGCUCAUCUGAACUCAGCCAAUCAGAAAGCCGCUCGUCUGAACUCAGCCAAUCAGAACGCCGCUCAUCUGAACUCAAUCAGGAGUUCAGAUGAGGCAGUUCGCCCUGAUUUCUCCCAGAAUCUCCUGUUUCUCUGCUGCGCUAGCAGUUUUCACCUGUUUCCAGUGUUUGUGCUAAGCUAAUGAUGGACUGAAGGACGCUGCCCCCUGCUGGACCCUGGAAGCCAUGUUUCUAGUUUUUUAUAUUAAAAAUGUUAAAACUGGAAUUUCUGGAGUAUUUUGUUUGAAUAAAGAUUAUUCAUAAAGUAUUUUCAGGAUAAACACUGCGGGAACUUGUUUUCUCUGGUUUCUCCUGUGCAAAAGUCUCCAACCCCCUUAAUCUUUGUGAACCUUGGGAGGCAAAUAUUUUAAAAAUUAACCAAAUAUUUUUAUUUUUUAUUCCCACA